CCCACCACGCAGCUGAACUCUGGAUUAAGUUCGUGUGCUGGCUGCUUCAUUCUGUGGUGAAUUGAUGAUCAGUUGCUUCGGUUGCUUUGAAUUCGUCUCUGUGUAAGGACUGUGGGAAAACGUUACCGCUACACCUUUAUAACAAUUCUAAGAAAUGGCUCGUACCAAACAAACUGCCCGUAAAUCGACGGGAGGAAAAGCUCCUCGUAAACAGCUAGCCACAAAAGCAGCCCGCAAGAGUGCACCUUCGACUGGAGGAGUGAAAAAACCCCAUCGUUACAGGCCGGGAACUGUGGCUCUGCGUGAGAUCAGGAGAUACCAGAAAUCUACAGAAUUACUGAUCAGGAAACUACCCUUCCAGCGUCUUGUGCGUGAAAUUGCCCAAGACUUCAAGACUGAUCUUCGUUUCCAAAGUGCGGCAAUUGGAGCUCUGCAAGAAGCAUCUGAAGCUUACCUAGUUGGUCUUUUUGAAGACACCAACUUGUGCGCCAUUCACGCUAAGCGGGUUACUAUUAUGCCCAAAGAUAUACAGUUGGCCCGACGAAUUAGAGGCGAACGUGCUUAAGCAUUGGUCGAUUAAACGGCUGAUAUUGUAAACGUUAUCACUCCAUUCGUUUCCAUUUUUUUUUUUUUUUUUUUUCAAAGUAUUAACAAUGCAGCUAAGUAUGUCAUGGUAAUAGCAAUCCCUUGUUACAUUCAUCGUAUAAUCGUCACUGCCAAACAUGUACUGGGCACUAAUACAAUUAUCCACAGGUGAUAACCAAUAGGUUACAGUAACUUGAAGCGUUUAUGAGUAUGUAGAUUUGGUUGUUCAGAAUUUGUCUUUCAAAAGUGGGUGACAGCAGAAACAACGGAUCGGUUUUGUUAACACUCAUUAUUUUACUAAAUAUCACUUCUCAUAAACAUAUAUUAGAAAACGUAAGUGUAUUAGUUUUUAGUUGAAAAUGAAGUCUAAGUAUAAGAGUGCUCUGCGAUAUUCUUUCAUUAUUUUGUAACAGGCAAUUAACUUUUAAUUGAAAUAUGAAAGAAAACUAAUAAAUCUUUUAGAUCUCGUUCAGUUCAGGUUCGGUUUUGUCAAAAUAAAAAUAAUUCACAUCAAUAGUCUGAAAGCGAUGUGGACUAUUUUUCUAUAAUGAUAUUCCUCCAUCUUGCUAAUUGUCCGUACAUACAAUAUAAGCAUAUGAAACUUCCAGGCACUCGUAAUCUGAAAACAAUUACUAAGCUAUGUAGAAUAAUUUGAAAUAUACAUAUAAUUAUUACGUAAA